CUUAAAAAGUAGAUUAUGCCGGUCUAGAGAAGUUGACACAUUUGGAACAAAAAUUAUUAGUUAAUAUUUAUCCUUGCGGGGAAUUUUCGUGCGUGGAAUAAUAUUUAAAUUGGCACUAGCAUGGCUCCGGUUAGCAGCAUCCAAAUUUUGCGAAUAGUCAACACAUGGCGAGCGCCCGUCCUCACAGCAUUUGAACGCACAUUGGGUAAUCAUCAGAAGACUAGGUCGAUUCUUCCUCGUGCUCUGUGCACGGUGCGCGGCUAUAGCAGCACAGCCAGCAAGGAGGAGCCUGCACCAGUCGCAGGCGAUGUCGGAAAUGCUACGCUACUGUCGAAGCUAUUUCCACAAACUGCGCCCGAGACAAACAAAAGCGAGGAGGAGGAGCGUCAAAAGCGCGAAGAGGAGGAGACUAAGGAAAAUGAGCGGGCGUGGAAGCGCAUGAAAUUGGGGUUUGCCGUGUUUGGUGGCGGCGCCGUCGUCGGUGGUCUUUGGGCCCUCUAUGAAUUUGGGAAGCCCGAUGUGGAUCCCAAUGGGCUGACCAUUGAGGAUGAGUUCACCCACAAGCCCAUGAUCCAGCAAUAUUUCCAACGCAUGUGGAAAUCGCUUCACUACUACCAAAAGAUGAUACAGGAGCCGUCGCGUGAUAAGCUCUUGCCCGAUCCCCUACAGCAUCCCUAUGUACAGCCCAAAUAUACGCUUGUCCUCGAGAUGAAGGACGUUCUGGUGCAUCCCGAUUGGACGUAUCAGACCGGUUGGCGCUUCAAGAAGCGGCCGGGCGUUGAUCACUUUUUGUCCGAACUGGCCAAAGAGUAUGAAAUUGUCGUGUUCACGGCAGAGCAGGGCAUGACAGUUUUCCCCAUUCUGGAUGCACUCGAUCCUCAUGGCUAUAUCAUGUACCGUCUGGUGCGCGAUGCCACGCACUUUGUCGAUGGCCAUCAUGUCAAGAAUUUGGACAAUUUGAAUCGGGAUCUGAGAAAGGUGAUUGUGGUUGACUGGGAUGAUAAUGCCACAAAAAUGCAUCCAGAUAACACAUUCGGCAUCGCUCGCUGGAAUGGAAACGACGAUGACACUCAGCUCCUUGAUCUGGUGUACUUUUUAAAAAUCAUUGCCCAGAACAAUGUGGAAGAUGUGAGGGAAACCCUGCACUAUUAUCGCCAGUUUGAGGAUCCAAUCAGUCAAUUCCGAGAGAAUCAGCGCAAGCUGGCCGAACAAAUGCAAGAGGAGGAACGCCUUGAGCGAGCCAAGUCCAAGCCCAUGGUCAAGCAAUGGACGCGCAACCUUCUGGGACGUUAAAUCAUCAUCCAAUGCCCGCCCAAAACCAAAUCCCUUCCAGUGUUUCUUUACGCCAUUUACGCCAUCAAUCCAGACAGCCACAAAGACGCAAAAUUACACUCCCAAAAGCACACAAAAACCGAGCCACAUAUAGGAUGGCUAAAUGCUGGUGGUCGGGUAUACGAUACGAGGAAAUACACGUGAAAAAUAUCGUCUUCUUUUUGUACAUUAAUAAAUCAAGCGAACACUUUUGGUUUUCAAUGAA